GAGCAUUGAGAUGGAGAGCAGCGAGUUCAGUCGGUCGAAGGAGCACGCCCCGGGCAGUCGCCAAUUAAAUUGGGGGAAACUAUUUGGAAAAUUCUUUAAAAAGCGAUUGAAAUUCGAAUUGGAGAAAACAUCAGCGGCAUGUUCAAAGUGUCACAGGAGAUGCGUCUGAACACGCAGGCCGCCUCCUCCGCCUCCGCCUGCAGUUCGAGUGGGAGUGGCCUGGAGGGCCAUAGUCCGGAGGAGGGCGGUAUUUUUGGACGCUACCAGCGGACGCCCGAUGCGGAUGCCUAUCCCUCGGAAUCGCCGCGCGUUUAUGUGGCACCCGAGCUGACCGACGCCGGCAAGGUGCAGUUGCUCCACUUUCCCAGCGGCGCGUUGAGGGUGAACAGCCCGCUGGGAUUCAUCAUCAAGCGGAACGGGGUCAAGGGAAACUUCGAGGUGCGCGUCGAGGGUCCCAGUGGCCAGCCCAUCCAGCCCGUUCGGCAGCAGCAGUUGGAUCCGGAGCGCUUCCAGAUCGAUUGCCAGCUGGCCGCCGGAGCGGGUCUCUACAAGGUGCACAUCAAGUGCAAUUCCGUGACCCUGCCCCGCUCCCCGUUCAUCAUCGUGGCCAUAGCAGGAGCUACCGAAUCCAUCGAGGGCAAACCAGCGAGUUCUUCAGUCGCCAUCUCGGACUCGGAUGCCAGUCGCGUACAGAGCCGUGGCCUGGGCCUCACCCAUGUCAGCUUGGUGGAGCGCAACGAGUUCACCGUGGACUGCGGCCAGGCGGGUAGCAACAUGCUCCUGGUGGGCGUGCUGGGGCAACGCGGUCCCUGCGAGGAGGUGGUGGUCAGGCAUCUGGGACGCGGCAUACACAGGGUCAGUUACCGCGUGUGCGAUCCCGGUGACUACAUCCUGGUGGUCAAGUGGGGGGAGCAGAACGUACCCGGAUCCCCGUUCAGCUUAAGUGCGGAUUAGCCGUAGAAAGUAAAUGUGUCUGCAUAAAUCAGCUGACCUUGAUGGGGCGCUACUGCCACCCAUAUGCCUCCCUGCUCAAUGGAAUCCUGCGCAGCUCCUCCGGCGAUGUCUCCCCACCUAAUGAUGAUUGCCGAUGAUAGCGUUAUGGGUGCUCCAGCCGUGCUCCUUGCUGCUCUUUCACCGCCACUAAUGACGUUCGCAUUUGGAAGCUGAUGCUCUCGGCGCCUCACAACCUAAUGAUGAUGACCGGCGAAUGUGGAGAAUGUGGGUAAGCCGAGUAUGACGGGGGCAAAUAUGUUGUAGUAAUGUGUACACUCGAGGUUAGUGCAAUAGUCACAAGUUUGGUAAGCAGUGUAAUAUACUUAAGUAAAAGUAAUAAUACAUUUUAAGCACUAGCAUGCAUUUACCAAUAAAAAUAUAUUAUAGCUUAUGAUGCACUAAUAUACAAAAUAGCAAUUAUAUAAGAGAGGUGCCAUCUUAAAAUUAUAUUGAAAAUGUUAUAUGCACAAUAAAGUAAGAUAAUUACUAAACAUGUGAUUGUAAAAUAUGAUAUGAUUUUAAGGGUAAAUAUUAAACUGCCCAUCAUUGUUUAUAGAAAUGAUAAAAGGUGGGGGCUGCACGAUGUUGUUGUAGCUAUUAAAAUGUUGCGUUCUCGAAGAUGAUGACAUAUUCAUUUUGUAUUCCUAAACAACCAGUGCUAAGUAACAAAAGAAAAACAUAUUUGCAUUAUAGAAACUUCUAAGCACUAAGGAAAAUAAUUGAUGUAAAAUAAUGCAUUGAAGGUGUGAAAAUAGAUUGAUAUUUAACUAAAACCUAUUUGAAAGUAA